GCUAUAUCUGGCUAUAUACAUAAGGAGUGAGGAGAUGGUCAGCGAGAGCGGAUAGCAACGUGGCGUCGAAUGGGGGAGGAGGGUACUAUGGAGAAGUGUCCUCACAGUUGCGUUUCGAAAGCUUGAACGUUUGACGUCCAGCAACGGCCAGGCUAUAACGAUGGAUGGAUCCGUCCGCAUGGCAUGUCUGGAAGUCUUCCCAUGGCCACGCCGUUUGUCAUUUUGUACUCGGCUUCCCGUUUCCAGGUUUUCUUCUGCCGAUUAUCUCUUGGGAGCUAAAGUCUCGAUGUGGCAAUGGCCCGUAUCGUCCGACAUCGGCGUGCCCACAUUCUUAAGAGAGACGUCUUCCGAAGGCUGUCUUGGCCUCUGCCAGUGAUACUAUGUCUGCACUCGAGCCUGCCACUACAGACAACGACUCUCUUCCGGCAUCCAGGCCAUCUGACGUACCCAACAAACCGAGGAGUUCAUGGAAAGACAGGCGUAUUCUUGCGGGAGCCUUUCUCCUCCAGUUCUGCGCAGUCGGCUUGAUUCAAUCCUUCGGUGUCUUUCAAGACUUUUAUGCUACCACAUGGCUGUCCCACUCGACUGCUUCGGAUAUCAGCUGGAUCGGGUCUGUCGGGCUGUUCCUUGAGUUGAGCCUCGGACUUGUCUCAGGAAAACUCUACGACGCUGGCUAUUUUCGUUCCACGGUCGUGGCAGGAUGUGUGCUAUUUACUUUCAGCUUCUUCAUGCUCUCAUUGACGAAGGAGAAUCAUUACUAUCAAGUGUUCCUAUCUCAAGGCUUAGGGAUGGGUCUUGGCUUGAGCCUCAUCUUCACGCCCACAUCCUCCCUCGUCGGAGACUUGUAUCCUGUUAAAACCGGCUUAGCUAUGGGCCUGGUUUUGUCUAGUGCGCCUCUUGGGGCCACAAUUUUCCCCAUCAUUUUGAACAACCUCAUCCAUAACGCGGUCGGUUUUGCAUGGGCCGUCAGAAUCUGUGCAUUCAUAACCCUUGGCUGUUUUACUCUUGGGUGCAUUCUUAUCUUAACGUCUCUCGACUCGAAAGUAUCCCGGAAACGGGAACCUUCAGCCUCAACCGGAUCCCUCCGCUCCGCCAAAAAUGCCCCAUACCUUCUUAUUGUGCUGUCAGGAUUUGUUGUCUCCCUAGGGACAUGGUUUCCAAGCUUCUAUGUACAGCUGUUCGCUGAUAGUCAUGGAAUCUCGUCUGGUCUUUCAUUCUACGCUGUUACUAUCUUGAGCGUAUCGUGCGCUGCGGGGAGGAUCAUUCCAAGCCAUAUCGCAGACACGUAUGGUGCAGUCAACAUGUACCCAUACUGUGUUGCAUUAAAUGGAAUGCUCGGGUUUGCGAUGCUCGGCUGCGGAAAUCCAGCUGGUCUUGUAUUGUUCUGCAUAUUCUACGGGUUCUUUUUUGGAUCCACGAUAUCAAUGUUUUUUCCGGUCGUUGUAACACUGACUCCCAAGGAAUUGAACAUGGGUGUCAGCGUCGGACUGGCCCUCACUCCCGUAGGAAUAGCAACUCUCAUAGGAUCGCCAAUCAGUGGUCUCAUUCUUGGUCAUGAACAAAAGUGGUGGAGAGGGGUGACAUUCUCUUCGGUAUACCUAUUGUCGACACAGUUCAAACUAGUGGCUAAUACUGAUAUCUUGGCCAUCUUUCAGGUCUGCCUUCUAGGCGCAGCUGCAUUGAAUCUUGCGGCCAGGCAACUUUACGUGAAGAGCCUUAGAAGUAGGCAAACGCCGGAGGAGCCUCCCUCAAAUUUAGGAGAGAAAGUUGACAAAGAAAAUUGCAAGGCAGUAUGA